CUUUUUUGUCUUUUCAGCUCAUGCACCGUAUGAUAAGGAACUAAGAGAUGCGAUAAGAACUGGAAUUUCGCUGAUUAUUUACUGAUUGUUUUGAACAUCGGUUUUGGAAUAUGAAGACUGAAAAUGUUCGAACUCUGCGUUCCUGUCCAGAAAUCAACAGUGGCAGUACGCCGACAUUGAAUGUCAAUUUUCAACUUAGAAUUCCUGGUGGAACCAACUUGUCUCAAAAUAGAUAAGUUAUGGCAUGGUUCCAGUUUGGCAAGUAUGGGAGCAUGUUGACAAGUGAUGGAGCUUCGUCAGUUUCAUUCUGAUACCUACGAAAUAUCACAUGGCUUCUCAAGCUUGGAGCUUGCUAGGGUGAAACUUGACAAGCCUGCAAGAAAACCGAUAGUAGAGUGAUCAUUGUUCUGGAGCCAUAUUGUUGACGGAUCCACCUGGCAGCCGGAACGACUUGGGGCGUGUUUCUGCAGCAGCUUUGCAAUAAGUGGCCUGCCGGAUCUCAUUCAAGUAACAGCGCUACAAUGCAACCAAAAAGACCGAUACAAGAAUAAGUGAUGCUGAAGGAACCAGGGAAUUACAAGCACGGAAAUGCUCUGCCUGCUGAUUGGUGGCAGAUUCUGAGCAUGACAGGAAAAGAGCCGAAAAAAGCACACGAGAAACCUUGGAGAAUGUGUAAUAAGAAUGCGGCUACUUGGAGUACGACUCCUCAGCAGUUUACGAGGGAAGAUUGCGGAUGGACCAACGAGAAUGCAGCAGAGGCAUGAUAAGGAAAGCUGUCAGCUGGAUGGGGAACUGGCAGAGGUCCAUCACUAUGCCAGAAGAUAAGGACAGAAGAAAGGAAGAUUUCAGAAAUAUAUAGGAACUAAAUUGCAUGUGGAAGAAGAGUCGCAACAAGCUAGUUCUACACAUUGACUCUUGUGGGGACUUGUAGGAGUGAAUGACGAACUCCGCAAAUCCUAGAUGAUGUCACGUUUCUGUCAAAGUCUUGAAUGGAGCCAAGAGUAAAGAAAGGAAAGAAACGAGAAGGAUGAACGGAACACCACAGGUUAGGUCUGUGUUAGUUUCAUGACUAGAAAUGUAUUUGAUGGUAAAUAUUACAUCUUAAUUACUUAGAA